CACCCUCUGCGUACUCGUUGGGGAAGGGAAGAUCGGGCCAAGACACCGACCAGCGACCAUGAUCUCCGUCUACUCCGCCCUGUACACCCUGGCGCUGUUCUCCGAGCUCGGCGGCCGGGCGGUCACCGCCGCCAUGCCCGCCCCCGAGACGGCGGAGGACGCCGCGCUGGAGCAAGGCGGGUUCUUCUUAGGGGACGAGUCCAUGGCCGAGCCCGCCGUGGUCCCUCCUGGGCACUGGCAAAGCCUGGCGCUGGAGGACGCCAACGCCAGGGAGGAGGACGGGGGCACGAAAAUCAUCUUUGUCUCGGACAUGAGGCUGAAGGGACGCCGCGUGCUGAACCCGGCCUUCGGCCGCGGCCCUCCUCCGCUCGCCGACCGGAGCUCCGGCCUGAAGGUCGAUCGCAGGAACUCUGACCUCGACGUGCUGCGGUGUAUGAUAGGAAGAGUGUACCGACCCUGCUGGGAGGUGUAAAUGUUUCCCCGAGCUAACGUCAAGCCCUGAAUGUGCUAUAAAAAAAAACUAAAAAAAAAAACU